UCUCUUAGAGGCCAUACAGGAAGUACAAGACGCAAGACAAGGCGACGUGCCUUUUCUCACAUCGUUCAAUAACAGUCCUUUUCGGGCGUUUCUUUUAGAGGUUGUGCUUUACACUUUGAGGUUCAGUUGCAGGCUGACUAACUAGCCUGAAAAUGUCUGUUACUUUAACCAGACUGCAGACGGCUACGAAGUCAACAGCAAGGGUCUUCACUCCUCUUUGCAAAGGCACCAUUCACCAUCAAGGAGUUGAUCUACAUUCGUCUUUGCGUCGACCAUAUUCCAGUUUUCGCAAGCUUACUUCGCUACCUUUCACGAAAUGGUUUCCCAGGAGUGUGUCAACCAGGCUAAUGUCGUACGGAAUAAAUGUCACAUCUGGUGGUUAUCGAAAAGGAGUCUUCCUUGUGACAGGUGCCGCAACUGUGGCAGGGUUAGCGGUUGGUGUGUGUCACUUUCAGAGGGCAGAGAUGGCAUCAAGGAUUGUACUGCCAGAAAAAGAUGAAGGAGAUAUUUUAGAAAGGUGUAAGUCGUUUAUGUGUUCCCCUAUCACGGACGUCCACGUUUUACAGGAGAGAAAAGAUGAGAUGAGCACCAGAAUGGAAAUGCUCAUCUUGGAAACACAGGCAGCGUUCUGCAAAGCCCUGGAGCAAGUGGAUGGCGGUUCUUUUAAAGUGGAUAGAUGGCAGCGUAAAGAAGGUGGCGGUGGCAUCAGCUGUGUCCUACAGGACAGCAAGGUGUUUGAGAAGGCCGGUGUGAAUGUAUCUGUGGUGUACGGAAACCUCCCUGAGGAGGCUGCCAAACAGAUGCGAAGCCGGGGGAAAGUGCUGAAGGCAAAAGAUGGGAAGCUGCCGUUUUGUGCCAUGGGUGUGAGCUCUGUCAUUCACCCAAAGAACCCCCACAUUCCCACAGUGCACUUCAACUAUAGAUACUUUGAGAUUGAGGAGGCAGACGGGACAAAACAAUGGUGGUUUGGUGGAGGGACUGAUUUGACCCCCAUGUACCUUAACCAGGAGGAUGCCGUUCACUUCCACAGCACUCUCAAGGAGGCCUGUGACAAGCACCACCCUCAGUAUUACUCUGACUUCAAAAAGUGGUGCGACCGCUACUUUUUCAUCAACCAUCGGAAUGAGCGGCGAGGGAUCGGGGGGAUCUUCUUUGAUGACCUGGAUUCUCCGAACCAGGAGGAGGUGUUUGCGUUUGUGAAGAGCUGUGCCCGGUCUGUGGUGCCAUGCUACUUGCCCAUUGUACGCAAACACGUAAAUGACUCCUUCAGUCCAGAGGAGAAGGCCUGGCAACAACUCAGACGGGGCAGGUAUGUGGAGUUCAACCUGGUGUAUGACAGAGGGACAAAGUUUGGACUGGCCACUCCUGGCUCCAGAAUCGAGAGUAUUCUCAUGUCUUUACCUCUUACUGCCAGGUGGGAGUACAUGCAUGAGCCUGUCAAAGGCACCAAGGAGGCCGAACUGAUGGAGGUCCUUCGCCAGCCCAAGGACUGGAUCUGAAGAGAGAGAGGGAGAGAGAGAGAGAUUCACUUCCUCCUGUACUUGAUUUUCACUUCUCCUCAGUGACCCUUGCAUGACCCACCACACUCAAGUCACGUCCGCAAAGAGGAAGAGUGCUUAGCUGGAACAGGCUGCACUGAUUUUCACUCUCUUUGCCUCAGCUGUUGACUCACUGCAAACUUGUUGCUGCCUGAGGAUGAACUUGGAGCUUUGCCCUCAAUUGCUGUGAGGGUGGCUUCCUUUCCAAAGCUUCCCAAGUCUUGUGCCUCUAGCAUACACCCUGCUUUGCCAACUUCUUUCUGUGCCCUUGUGUGAUUGGUGUGUGAUUGUGUGUUUACAUACAUGUUCGCUGCUUCAAAUAUACGUAGCUAUGCUGUGGCUUCCUGCUACCGAUUGUGCUGUUUAAUUUUAUGGGGUAAUGAUUUAUAUAUGAAGGACUUUGUGUUUCAAUUUUGUUGAUUCAAAGAGUUAUUUGGGAAUCGUACGAUUGGGGAAGACACAAAGGACUGGAUCUUAUUGUCUCUGGGUUUGUGCAAAUUGUAACUGUUGUUUGCUCAGCAGAAAUGCUGGAAAAAGGUUAACUUUUUCAAGGUUAACAUUUUUUACAAUUAUGUCACUGAAAAAAAAAUACUUUUCAUAAAGCUUGGAUAUUUUA